GCUGCCCUGCUGGAGAGAGGCAGAAGCAUCAUCAAGCAAGAAGCAGAGCUAGCUAGCGAAGCAAGGUGCAAGCAGAGCCCAGAGCAGAGAGAGAGCCAGCGAGCAGCCGCGGCGUUCCCGUGCGAAGAAUCUCCGGCACGCCGGCGACGGAGGCCGAUCAGGCAGGCAAGAUGGGGCACCAAGAAGCCGCCAAGGAGGUGAUCCCGCUGAUGACGCCGUACAAGAUGGGCCAGUUCCAUCUCUCCCACCGGGUGGUGCUCGCGCCGCUCACGCGCUGCCGCUCCUACGGCAACGUGCCGCAGCCGCACGCCGCCGUCUACUACUCGCAGCGCGCCACCAGGGGCGGCCUCCUCAUCGCCGAGGCCACGGGCGUGUCCGCCACCGCGCAGGGGUACCCGGAGACCCCCGGCAUCUGGACGCCGGAGCAGGUCGAGGCCUGGAAGCCCAUCGUCGACGCCGUCCACCGCAAGGGCGGCAUCUUCUUCUGCCAGAUCUGGCACGUCGGCAGAGUCUCCACCAACGAGCUCCAGCCUGACGGGCAGGCGCCCAUCUCGAGCACGGACAAGCAGAUUUCCUACGGCAACGUGCCGCAGCCGCACGCCGCCCUGUACUACUCGAAGCCGCGCCGGCUGGGGACCGAGGAGAUCCGGGGGGUCGUCGACGACUUCCGGCGCGCCGCGCGGAACGCCAUCGAGGCCGGCUUCGACGGCGUGGAGAUUCACGGCGCGCACGGGUACCUCCUCGAGCAGUUCAUGAAGGACAGUGCCAACGACCGCGCCGACGAGUACGGCGGGAGCCUCGAGAACCGGUGCCGCUUCGCCGUGGAGGUCAUCGACGCCGUCGUCGGCGAGGUGGGCGCGCACCGCGUCGGCAUCAGGCUGUCGCCCUCCGCGGACUACAUGGACUGCGUGGAUUCCGACCCGGUGGCGCUGGGGCACUACAUGGUUCAGCAGCUCAACAGGCACGAGGGCUUCCUCUACUGCCACAUGGUAGAGCCUCGGAUGGCCAUCGUCGACGGCCGCAGGCAGAUCCCUCACAGGCUCUUGCCGUUCCGGAAGGCGUUCAAUGGCACGUUCAUAGCAGCCGGCGGGUAUGAUCGGGAGGAAAGCAACAAGGUUGUGGAGGAAGGCUACACCGAUCUCGUUGCUUACGGGAGGCUCUUCUUGGCUAACCCGGACCUUCCCAGGAGGUUCGAGCUGAAUGCGUCAUUGAACAAAUAUGACCGCUCCACCUUCUAUACGCAAGACCCAGUUAUUGGCUACACGGAUUACCCUUUUCUUGAUGAAGAUCACAACAGCAGCAAGUUAAGUACUCAGAAGCUUAACAUGUAAUAGUUCAUGGAGCGAUCAAAACUGAUAAGGUGCAUGAUUCAUGCAACAUGAUUUCAUCAAUGGUCUCCAUCAUUCUUCAUUGAUUUUUGUGGGCAUGUGUUAGGGACAGUACAUCUAUCAUCUGUGUUUGUUUCAUUCUGUACUUGUGUGAGAUGAAUCUCCUCAAAUUAUUAAGAAAAUUUCAAUCCAAGCACAAUCACGUUGGUCAUCAAUUUGAGCAGGAUUCUGAAUGGCUAGAUAAUUAAAUUCAGUAGGGGCCUUGCCGCUUUUGUU